GGUGCAGAGGUUCGAGGCACAGAGGAGUAGAGGGAGGGAAAUCUCCGGACUAGUCUGUCCUUGGGAGAGGUUUCCUCCCCCGAGCUUGGGGGAGAUUAUGGGACUUCCAGCCCUGGAGUUCAGCGACUGCUGCCUGGACAGCCCGCAAUUCCGAGACACGCUUAAGUCUCAUGAAGCCGAGCUGGAUAAGACCAACAAGUUCAUUAAAGAGCUCAUCAAGGAUGGGAAAACCCUCAUCUCUGCGCUCAAGAAUUUAUCUUCUGCCAAGCGGAAAUUUGCUGAUUCCCUAAAUGAAUUUAAGUUCCAAUGCAUAGGAGAUGCAGAGACAGAUGAUGAAAUGUGCAUCGCAAGAUCUUUGCAAGAGUUUGCCACUGUUCUCAGGAAUCUUGAAGAUGAGCGCAUACGGAUGAUUGAAAAUGCUAGUGAAGUGCUUAUCACUCCUCUGGAAAAGUUCCGUAAGGAGCAGAUUGGGGCUGCCAAGGAUGCCAAGAAGAAGUAUGAUAAGGAAACUGAGAAAUAUUGUGGUAUUUUGGAGAAACACUUGAACUUGUCUUCCAAGAAGAAGGAAGCUCAUCUUCAUGAGGCAGAUAAUCAAGUGGACCUCGUUCGGCAACAUUUUUAUGAAGUCUCCCUGGAGUAUGUUUUCAAGGUGCAGGAAGUCCAAGAAAGAAAGAUGUUUGAAUUUGUAGAACCUCUGCUGGCCUUCCUGCAGGGACUUUUCACAUUUUAUCAUCAUGGUUAUGAACUUGCCAAGGAUUUCAGCGACUUCAAGACACAGCUGACCAUCAGUAUACAGAAUACAAGAAAUCGCUUUGAAGGUACCAGAUCAGAAGUGGAAUCACUGAUGAAAAAAAUGAAGGAGAAUCCUCAUGAACACAAGACCAUUAGUCCUUACACCAUGGAGGGUUAUCUCUACGUCCAGGAGAAACGUCACUUUGGUACUUCUUGGGUGAAGCACUAUUGUACAUACCAGCGGGAAUCGAAAAGAAUCACCAUGGUGCCCUUUGACCAGAAAUCGGGAGGAAAGGGGGGAGAAGAUGAAUCAGUCAUUCUCAAAUCAUGCACACGAAGGAAAACAGACUCUAUUGAGAAGAGGUUUUGCUUUGAUGUGGAAGCUGUAGAUAGACCAGGUGUUAUCACCAUGCAAGCAUUGUCUGAAGAGGACCGGAGACUGUGGAUGGAAGCCAUGGAUGGCCAAGAACCAGUCUACAACUCAAACAAGGACAUUCAGAGUGAAGGAACUGCACAGUUGGAUAGCAUUGGCUUCAGCAUUAUCAGGAAGUGCAUUCAUGCUGUGGAAACCAGAGGGAUCAAUGAGCAAGGACUCUACAGAAUUGUUGGCGUCAAUUCCAGAGUCCAGAAGUUGCUGAGUGUUUUGAUGGACCCCAAAACAGCUUCUGAAACAGAAGUGGAUAUCUGUGCGGAGUGGGAAAUAAAGACUAUUACUAGCGCACUAAAGACUUACUUAAGAAUGCUCCCUGGGCCACUCAUGAUGUACCAGUUCCAAAGAAGUUUCAUCAAAGCAGCGAAGCUGGAGAAUCAGGAAUCUCGAGUCUCAGAAAUCCAUGCCCUUGUUCAUCGACUUCCUGAGAAAAACCGGCAAAUGUUACAAUUACUCAUGAACCAUUUGGCAAAUGUUGCUAAUAACCACAAGCAAAAUUUGAUGACCGUGGCAAACCUAGGUGUGGUUUUUGGACCCACGCUGCUAAGACCACAAGAAGAAACAGUGGCAGCCAUCAUGGAUAUCAAGUUCCAGAAUAUUGUGAUUGAGAUAUUAAUAGAAAACCAUGAAAAGAUAUUUAAUACAGUGCCUGAUGCACUCCUCACAAACACCCAACCCAGCUUGUCUUGGAAGAAAAGCAAUGAUUCUAAGCCACCCUCCUGCAGCGAGAGGCCACUGACGCUCUUUCACACAGCACAGGCAACAGAAAAACAAGAACAAAGAAACAGCCUCAUCAACUCCAGUCUGGAAUCUGUUAUCUCUUCAAAUACCAACAGUAUCCUCAACUCCAACAGCCCUCUGCAGCCCAGUGUGAACUCCAGUGACCCCGAGCUGGAGGUGAUGAAGCCCACCAGGCCCAGCUCCCUCCCCCCGAAUCCAAGCCCAACUUCACCCCUCUCACCGUCCUGGCCCAUGUUCUCUGCGCCAUCCAGCCCUAUGCCCACCUCAUCUACGUCCAGUGACUCAUCCCCCAUCAGCACACCAUUGCGAAAAGCUAAAGCGUUGUAUGCCUGCAAGGCUGAACAUGACUCAGAGCUCUCGUUCACAGCAGGCACUGUCUUCGAUAAUGUUCAUCCAUCUCAGGAGCCUGGUUGGUUAGAGGGAACUCUGGAUGGGAAGACAGGAUUAAUCCCGGAGAACUACGUUGAGUUUCUCUAACUUUGGACACCUGAGCAAUACUGCUGAAUGUUACAUGGUAUCCAUGACAACUGCUGAUCAGGGUGCAAUAGAUCAUUUCUCUCAGGCAUGGAGAAAUGCAGGGCGAUGGACUCUUUUUUCCUCUCUAUCAAAAUGAAUGUUUCUGUGAAUCCUAGUCUCCCUUGUCUCUUAUCAUCAUCUCAGCUGAUGUGCAGUAGUACUUCAAGUGCUGAAGUCACAUUAGCCCAGGAGAACAUCUAGGUUCUGAUUUGUUGGUGGAAGAUAUGCAACAUGGCCAUUUUCUCAUGAAUACUCCAAGCAGAGAAGACUCAUUCUGGUCUUGGGAAUGGAUCUGAGCACAGAACCCCAGGAUAGAGUAAGAGCCAAUAAAUUGUCCCAGAAACCCAGGAGGUGGGGACUGACUGACUGGAAGAUGAAUCUCUCUGAUGAUGGAGUGGGCUUCUGCUUUUGUUUACAGUAUGUUCUUUCUUCAUUCCAUGAGACCCACUCUGCUCACUGUCUAAUCUUGGAGUGGGAAGGGGGUAAGGUAUUGUUUACAUAAUUUCAAACCACUCACCAUUGCAGUAGCUAUAGUUGUUUGCCCAUCCUCAGCAGAACUCAGUCCAAUCUUCUCACAGGAGAGAGCACACACCCCCUCCAGCAAAAGCCUAUCUCUUCAACCAAGGGCUGUGAUCACCUGGUAACCAUGGUAACCUGGCCUGCUUCAAAACAAACAAAUAAAACUAAGACAUAUUUUUUUCUCUUUUGCUCUUUUCCUUCACCCCCUGGCAUUGGUAUCUUUUAUAAUGGAUUUAAAGGACUACUUCACAUAGCACAAGAAACUGCAGUUGUCUCCUCUGGGGCAGACAUGACAGCAGCUGGGAACUGGCCCCCUUCUGGAUGAACAUGAACACUAUCAGUGUUUAUUUGAGCAAACUCUCAUAACAUUUUUGAGAUUAGAUUGGGGCUAGGCAAAACAUUUGUGCUGGAUUCAACUGGCAUUUCCUUUCUGGAAGAAAAGAUGUUGCUCCUGAGAGAUAACUUAUUCCCUUUGUCUUGUCUUGUAUCUUGUCCAUCACCCCUCCUGGGCAUAAUCAGAGCUACGCCCUUUCCCCUUACACUAUUGCUCUUCAACUUUGCCUGACAGAGUCUGUGUUUGGGGGAAUGGUUCUUGUCCUCCCCAUUUCUUUCUUGGUGGUUUUCAAGGAGAUCCUGUUCUUACCUUGUGGCCAAAGAUGCCACAUCUGUUCACUGCCAUUAGUAUAAAGUAAACAUUUUUCAGUCCCUAUAAGUAUUAGAUUGUGUUCCUCUAACAAAUUGUGAUUCUAAAGGAGACCCCUUCUUUCUUCUCUUCCCCCCAAAAAGGUAAAGAGAAAAGAAAUGGUUUCUUGAGAAUGACAUUCUCUUUGCAAGGAAGGGCGAGUAGUUGGAGGAUCUUUGUGGGUAGAGAUUGUCUUGUGAGAUUUACCUAGGGUUGGAAGGAAGGAGCCAGAGUGGGACUUUUUUUCUAGUUCAGAUUAGAGUGUGAAAAGUAGAAGACUUUACAACUUCCUUUGAAGAGUAUCUUAUUGGCUGAGACGCUCAGAGAAGAAAAAUGCUGCGCUGGCCUUUUGGAACAAGCAUGUUUGCACCAGGCAGAAUUGCCCUCUCCUCACCUGACCCUUGAGCCCUAUGACUUCUGUGGAAUUAACUUCAAAGGAAGACAUGAAACUUGAGUUGGUGUAUUACUGUAUCUUACUUUUUUAUUGAAAAAUUUACUUGUAAAUAGAGAAAUUUGAAUAUUCUAUGGUAAAGUUUUAUAUUUGAUAUUUUAAGCUGAGCUGUAGUAAAUGAGUUACUUGAUCUGUGUCAAGCUUGUUUGAUGAAUAGGAGGAUGAUCAGGAAAUGUCAACCUGUAUAUCCCUGCAAAAUCUGAGUUAGCCCCAACUGCUCUUGUUUGGCUGGUAGAAAUUGAUUUUGCUCACUUGCAUUUGAGGAUCCAGAAGUUUUAGUUCUUUCCCAGGCUUUGGUGUUGGAAUAAGAAGAAAGGAGGAGCUUAUGUAAAUAAAAACUUCCACUGAGUAAUUAAUUAAUCAACUUCUAGAGCACUGAAGUAGGAGAUGCAAGAGCAUGUUUCAGUGGCCAGUACACAUGGGGAAAGGGCAAGGGAUUUUUAGUUGGUGUCCUCAUGGGAGUAGUGCAUGAUCUCUAGCACAUAUGGAGGAGAUGUGACAGCUUCUAAGAUCUUUAUUCCUUAUCUUCCCCCAUAUCUUCCAAGACUCACUACUUCCAGAGUAUCUACAAAAGAUUAAUAUUUAGGUCUUCUUCCCUAUAUCCUCCCUUACUUCUUUUAUCUCUCAUAAACCUUUCUUCUAGUUGUCAACACAAGAGUGAGUGAGGAAUGGCAGUGAGUAUCCCCUUCUUUUUAUUCUCAUUAGCAUCUCACUGGUAUUUCUAGUUUCAUUGAUGACAUCACUGUUAUCAGGGCCAAGUAUUUCAUUUUUGUCCCCAGUUAAUGUAAGUUCCCCCUUGUCAUUUUGUCACAACUCAAGGACUAAUAAAGUAGUCAAGAGCUACCAGUAACGCUGUUGAAGACUAAAACAGAAAAAGAAUUCGCCAAGGGCAGAAAGCAAGGGCUCCAAGGGAUGGUUGGCAUGAACCCUAGGACACAGGGUCUGUAUGGAUAAGUCAGAUAUGAAGAAGUAUUCCUCGGGGGAAUGAAAGAGGAAGGGAGGAUCUCCCCAAGAAGGAACGUUGACUUCUGAAGGGUAAACAAUUUCCAAUGUUGUUUUGUGUGGCUUUUUUUUUUUUCAAUAGAAAGAGCCAAACCAAGGUUUUCAUUGCAUUUGGCAUAUUUAAACAAUAAUGUACCCAGUCAGAGCUAAGUGUAUGUGGGCUCUGUGCACUAACCAAGAGAAAUGAUGGCCCUGGCUAGAGAAAGUUUCCCCUUUCACCCUCCUGUGGUCCAAAGCAUUUUCCCUUGGAAGCUUAUUCUUCAGUUCACAGCAGAGAGUAGUUGCUUUGGAGCCAAAGGGAAAUAGAGCUACUGUCUUUGGGAUUUUUUAGGCUUACCCCCUUCCCUUGCUAGGCUACUCUAGGCCAGUGACAGAUGGCCCUAUGGCAGGCCCAGGCAGACUCUUCUAUUAUAGCCCCAGACCAGGUUUUAAAACAAAACAAAAAAAACACCAAAAAACUCUUAAUAGGAGGCAGAAAAAAGAAAGAUUUUUUUUCCUUCUAAUCUUAGUCUUUAUUAUUUCCAUUAUUGUUUUUCCCCUCUCCAAUUUUCCCGUCUUUUGGCUUGACUAAAAAUAUGGUAGGGAGGAUAAGAUGAUAGACUGCAGUAGAGAAGCUGGUCAGUAGUGGAUGUUUACCUGAGUUCACCCUGAAAUCUGACGCUUUUUGUAAAACCUGAUGGACCCUUUAUUUCAGUCAAGUGAUGAAGAAUUUUUUGAUGACUAGAAGGACCUGAAGAAUGUGUCCAGCUGGCCCAUCUCCCAGCAUUGAGGAGGUCAACAGUUCUCUCAACAAAACAGUUUUGGGUUUUUUUUUCCAGAUCUUCAGAGAUGGCAAUUAUACAACUAAGCCUCCUUUUGGUCUCCCAACUUAUGUUUACCAUGUCUUCAGUGAAAGUGUUCUUCCUUAUCAUUGACCAAAUUCUCAUUUCAAUAUUGGUCCAUUUUUUGCUUGGUGCUCCAUGGACCCCAAAAACAAAUGACACAUUUGUGAAGGUCUGGACACUUGCCUAGGACUCUACUUGUAAUAAUGUCCAGGGAAGAAAGAACUUUAACCCUUCUCUAAAUCAUAGAUUUUGUAUAAUAAAAAUAUAGUCCCAGUGAGUAGAGCUUCAGGUGACUGAGAAGUUCAUUAUCUUUGGGCAUUUUCCUUUUGGGGGCCCUUACUUCCUAUAGAUAUUCUUGAUCACCAAAUGUUAUUAAUAUUCCACUGGACAAAGUGUACAAAGGUACAUUGGGAAGGCCAAUUCUUCUUAAGAGUCAUACAUAAAUAUAUCUGAAAAAUAAAACAAAAUGAAACAUGUUAUGGCCAGAAAAGCAGCCAGUAUUAAAAUUUGCUGCCUGAUUUUAAAAAUAUUGUUACCAAUAUGUUUGGAGGUUAACUAUUAUCUCUGGCUAUGAUAUCUUUUCUAUGAUCAAUUACUUUGCUAGUCCUGUCCCAAACUCUUCAGAAAAGAAAAUAGCAGACAAUAAACACCCUGUGCUAGUGUUUAAAAAAAUUCUUCAUAUGCUCAAAUAUGUUUAGCAGCCAUAUUGAUCCCCCAGCAAGGCCCAUCUCUUCCUCCUCCUUGUAGAAUAAAAAUAUCGGUAGCAGUGAAAUGAACCUUACUCUUAUUAUAGACUACCUGUGAUGAGACAUCAAAGUGUUACAAUUAGCUUCUUCCUUUUAUAUCUACAGUUCUUAUUUAAGGAGCUUCCAAAUAUAGAGUGAAAGAACAUUUAGAAAAUCCAAAUGUCCCAAGACCAACCAGUGGAAUGAGGAGGUACCUAACCCCACUUCUGGAGGGACUUUUUGAGAGAUGAAGUGACUAAUCUCUCUCCAUGGGUCUGUAUGUCAUAAUGCUUUUACCAGAUGGGAAAUAUGACGUGGUAACAACUUUGGAAGUUGAGCCAGACUCCAGGACACUGUUGAAUGCCCAGGAGAAUCUAGUUGUAAGCUCCAAAUGUGUGAUGAUUUUAGUAUCAUUCCCUUAGACAAAAUUUUCUAGUGCUCUCACUCAAGAAUCAGAGUAUCAGAAUAAAAAUAGAGAAAUCAGCAGAAUGUCAUGGAAUCUAGACUACUAAGACCAUGCCCUGGAAAUGUUAAAUGAUGGUACCUAAUGUUUCCAUCUUGCUUAUUCAAAGACUACAAGCAUCUUUCUCAGGCAUUUAAAUGCACAUCCUCAUAGGCUCAUCACAUCUAGGGUUAGUUCUACAUCUGUGAAAUGGAAAGAUUCAAUAUGUAUAUGUGUAUGUGUAUAUAUAUGUACAUAACAUAUAUUUACAUAUAUAGCUAGACAGACAUCCAUAAGCAGACCCACAGAAGCCUGCGGUCACUGAGCCAUUGUAGAUUUAAAGAUUCAGGGGUUAGAAAAUAGGUUAGAGAAACAAGUUAUUGAUUAAGAAAAAAUGAUCAGAGAUGUAUAAAUUAAGUGCCAUUUUAAAACUUUGUUCAUAUUUAUAAGAUGUUUACUAUCUGCAGCCUUGUUCUUCAUUAACUUAAUCAAAACUAUGUUGAAAAAUCAUACAUUGAUUGUAGUAACUGGCUCUCAGCUGCCAUGUUUAUUUAGAAGCAUUCUCAAAGAUGUCAAUAUUUCAGGAAAGAAAGAUUAUGCAUGUUUAAUUUGUUAUUUAGGCUACCUUUGAGUGUGCUGUCAUGUAAUAAAUAUUAAUAAAGUACUUAAAAAUGGCACCUUAAUGUUAAAAAAUUAUAUACUAUAUGAAUAAUGCACUCUUAAACUUCAACUCAGUAUUUGGUAUUGACUGGUGCGUAGAAUCCAAUACAGUAAUUACAAAGUAAUUUGUGGUUAGCGUGCAACUCACCACACACACAAACUCCAGUUAAUAGUAAAAACAGAUUUUUUUUUUUUUGUCAUGUGAGAGCUUUUUUUUUUUUUUUUUUUUUUCUUAAAUGUGCUAUUGCUUUAAUCAGCUGCAACUAUGGAGACCAAGCAAUUUCUGUCCAUGUGGCCUUUGAGACUUUGCUUUCUUACAUUUGGUCAGUUUGUGUGACAAUCCCUGUGAAAGGCGUGGAAGUUUGAUUUAAAAUUAAAUGACUUUUCCAUUUGA